AUGUUCCAGACUCUACUUGUUCAAGCCUUCCUCAUAACCUUCAUAUUUUUACCAGGUCUAUGUUCAGAUGUUGUUGAGACGGAAACACCGAUUAUGUAUGACGUCGGAAAGAAACGAAAACUUGAAGACAGUAUACCAGUAAUUGAAAUACGUGGUGAAGGCCAACCGAUGACCGCAGCGCAAAUAAGACAGCUUGAAGAAAUGGCGAAUGGUGGCCCACUUGAUAUCAAGGUGGAGAAAACAUGGCGACCAGUGAACUGUCCACGUGCUGCAAAACGUAAAGAUUUCAUAACAUUCCACUAUAAAGCAUUCACUGAAGCUAAUAAAAAGUGUGACCAGUCAUAUGGACAUGAACCGAUUCGAAUACAGCUUGGCGUAGGCAUGAUAAUACCUGGAUUAGACAAAGGUAUGCGUGGGAUGUGCGACACUGAAUUAAGGAAAAUUCAUGUACCAUAUCGGUUAAGCAGGAAAAAGAAAAGCAAAGUAUGGAAAAAUAUUCCUAACGAUGAGCACUGGCUUAUUUUUAACAUUGAAAUGCUUACUGUUGAGCCGUGGUCACUCGAUUUGCAAUUCAACUUUCUAGAUAUCAAUAACGAUACAGUACUUACUGAAAAUGAGUUGGUUAAAUUUCAAGAAAACCUGAAGAAAAAUUUUGGCAAAACAUGGAGAAAUGAAAAUAUUGAUUAUGUGAAUGCCGCUAGAUAUUAUAUCAGAUAUUUCGAUGUCGAUAGAAACGGACGGAUAGAUUCGAUGGAAUUUCGCCAGGUGAUGGAACGAGAUAUGGCGGUAAUGGCUGCAGUAGCGAGUGAUAAAAAGCUAGAAGGUCGGAAACGCGAUCCAUCGAUUGCUUGGAUUCUAGAUUUUAAUAAUGAUGGCAUUGUUUCUGUGUCGGAAAUUGACCGAGCUGACGAAAUAUUGCAAGGAGAACCAGCCGUUCUACCAAUAUUUGCCAAAGAUGAGCUUUAG